UGACGAAGUACCCACUCCAAACCCCUAUAAAAGCCACCUCGUAAACCUGUCUGUAAUUAAUCACCAUGAAGUCCCUCAUUCUCGUCCUCGCCGCAGCGGCACUGGCCCAGGCCAACUUGAAACCAGCCCACAUCAACCCCCAACACAUCAACAGAAAGCUGCCUCUGUUCAAACCCAACCCCAGAAUCACGGGUGGAGAAGAAGCAGAACCUCAUUCUCUGCCGUACCAAGUUGGUCUGUUGAUCCCCACGGACGAUGGUACCGCGUUCUGCGGUGGUUCGCUCAUUUCACCCACCACAGUCUUGACAGCAGCUCAUUGCGGAGAACUGUCCAACAAUAUCGAAAUCCGUCUGGGGGCUCACAGAGUCCGCGACGAUGAAGCCACCCAAGUCAGGGUUAACAGCAGCCAAGUGAUCCUGCAUCCGGACUGGGAUAGCACUACUCUGCAGAACGAUUUGGCCAUUCUGCGUAUUGCUGAACCAGUGGAACUUAAUGAGAACAUCAACGUUAUCCCGCUUCCGUCUAGUGCUAACGCAAACAAUGACUACUUGAACGACCCCGCGUUGGCUAGUGGUUGGGGCAAGCCCACCGACAGCGCCGAAAGCAUUAGUGAUGUUCUCAGGGAAGUUACUCUGCCUGUUGGAGAUAACUCAGUCUGCAACUGGUACUACUUGGGGGUUAUUCAAGACACUCAUCUGUGUGCUGAUGGUGCUGAUGGUAAAUCUACUUGCAGUGGAGACUCUGGUGGUCCUCUGCGUGCCUCCACUGGUGAAUUGAUUGGUGUCACUUCAUUUGGAAUUUCCUUCGGUUGUGAGAUUGGUUGGCCACCAGUUUUCACCAGAGUCACCAAGUUUUUGGACUGGAUUGCGGACAACUCCGAUGUUGCGAUUAACUAAUUGUACUGAAUAUGUACUUAAAAUUAAAAAUAUAUAUUUUUUAACUUGA